AUGAAAUUUUGGGAUUCUGCUGAUUUUUCCGACCAAGGAACAAUGGACGAAACGAGUCCGUUUGAUUGUUUCAAGCUUACUCGUACACAACGUUUUGUGAUAAGCUUUCUGUCAACAUUGGCACUUUCUACUGGCAACAUUACCGGAUUUGCUAUCUUGUAUACUAUUGGUAAUGUCGUGUCACUUGUCAGUACGGGAUUCUUGGUUGGAUUCGGAAAACAAAUAAAAACAAUGUUUGCCCCUGUUCGUCGGAUAGCGUCUGCGGUUUUUCUUGCAGCCAUGUUGACUACUUUGUUGGUUGCAUUCUUAGUAACUGGGCAGUUUUAUCCUUUGUCUAAUCAUGUGUAUUGUACAAUUCCUCGCCCUAUUUUGGUACAGCGCCAGUUACAUCCCUUACGGCCGGACGAUUAUCAAAAAGUUGUUUGGUAG